CCACUAAUAGGGUUAAGCCGUAUCGUUUGACGCAAACUGCCUUUUCGGUUUUCAGGUCAGGUCGGGUCACUGACCUAAGACGUCACAAGUGAACCUCUGCACGGUCCUAAAAUGUCGCCACUUCACAACGCCCUCAGUGUCCUCGGUGCCGGCCGCUGCCGCCGCGCCGUUCGUGCGUCAUCCGACCCCACCGACCGCCGCCGCCGCCGCCUCGGCGCUCCAUGGAUACGCGCCCCGGGUCCAUCCCGUCGGCCCGUCAUCAGUGCAGACCGGGACAGCCAGCCGGCCACCGAGCCGGCCGGUGCCCAGUCCGCCGGCGGGGACUCUCGGCCACCGGUGUCGGCCGGCCGAGCGGGACGCGCCUGCCGACGGCCCCAGAAGCCGCUCCUUCCGGCCGACUGUCCGCUGAUGGAGAGAUUCCAGAGGGCGCUGGCCGCUCUGCUGAGGAAACAGAUCGGGAAACUGGACCUGGACAUGGUGGAGCUGCGGAAGGACCAGCGGUCCCGCACCAAACACGGCGAGUCGUGCGGCGUGCAGCUGUACGAGCGGCAGCUGCAGCUGGCCAGACAGCAGGAGCGGCAGCUGCAGCUGCAGCAGCGGCUCUCGGAGGCCGCCGAGGCGCGGGCAGCUGCCGAACAGACGCUCACCGCCGUCCGACAGAGACAUGGCGAGAUUGGCGAUCGUCUGGAGGCCGACAGGGAGAGGGAGCGGCAGCUGCGUGCCGACGUGUCUGCUUGGAAAAGAACGACUACCACCUGA